AUCAUGAUUGACUUAUUCGCAAGACAAAGGCAGUGUUUGCUUAUAAUGGGACAUAAUUUUGUACGUGAUAAAUCACAAUCGUUCAAGAAAUGGCAUAACAUUAAAUAUAUCAGUGUUCUGCUGCUGGUCGUGUCGGCCCAAUGGCCCAUGAUGAAUUAUACCAUCUAUUACAUUGACGAUUUGCAGUUGGCCACGGCCAGCUUAAGCAUUAGUUUCACCAAUGUCCUGACCGUAAUAAAAAUUACAACAUUUCUCUUUUACAAAUGGCGUUUUGGAGCAUUGAUGGAAAAACUGGAGACGAUGUACCAUGAAUUACACGAAGAAGAAAGCAAAGCAAUUUUGAAAAGGUCUAAUCGCUAUGCCAUAAUUUUGGUCAAACUUUAUGGCAAUUCUGUUGGCUUGACUGGUUUGUAUUUUAUGGUGGCACCAAUAUUGAAAAUCGUCUGGUCCAAAAUACGCAAUACCAAGUUGCAAUUAGAGUUACCAAUGCCAAUGAGAUUCCCCUUCGAUUUUGAAUCAUAUCCUGGCUAUGAGAUUUCUUAUAUUUACACUGGACUGGUAACUCUGGCAGUGAUGAUGUAUGCCAUUGCCAUUGAUGGUCUAUUUAUAUCGUUUACCAUCAAUUUAGUGGGUCAUCUCAAGACAUUACAACAUUUCAUACAGACCAAUACAUAUCUGCGCAGCGAUAAAGAAAUUCACAAACAGAUUUCCUUUUAUAUUCGGUAUCAUAAUUUAAUAUUACAUCUGUAUCAAGAUGUUCGUCAGAUUUACAGUCCGAUUGUGUUUGGUCAGUUUCUCAUAACAUCUUUGCAAGUUUGUGUAAUAGUCUAUCAAAUGGUUACGCAUAUUAAUACGUUUUUGGUCUUUGUAAUCAAUUGUACGUUUUUGCUGUCCAUUUUGUUGCAACUUUUCAUCUAUUCCUAUGGCGGUGAAAUUUUAAAAAAUGAGAGUCUAAUGGUCGGAAUCUCCGUACAACUAUCCAAUUGGUAUAAUUUAAAGCCAGUGCAUCGUCGCAUGUUGUGGUUGUUGAUGUUGCGUUCGCAACGAGAGGCCAUUAUCAGAGGCGGUUUUUAUGAGGCAUCUCUAGCUAACUUUAUGACGAUUUUGAAAGCCGCCCUUUCAUACAUCACGCUCAUCCAGUCAAUUGAAUAG